AUGAUUGCUGGUGCUGUCCCCGAUGACGUUGCAUGCACACUACACACUAUCACAGAAUUCAUAUUUCAAGCUCAGAAUCUCUUCCUCUAUGACAAAACGUUACACUUGUUAACUGAGGCCUUGUGCGAGUUUCACCACUAUAAAGUUUCCAUCAUAACUGCUGGUGGUCACCGUGGCAAGAACGGUCCCCUUAAUCACUUCCAGAUCCCAAAACUGGAGUUAAUGCAGCAUGUCGUCCAGAGUACUCGCGCCAUGGGUGCCCCAUAUCAAUGGAGCAGUGAUAUCACCGAGCGCUGCCACAUUACCCAUGUGAAACAACCUUAUUGCAUGACCGACCACAAGGAUUUCCAUGUCUUGAAAUCGCAGCAGGCAAGUUUAAUAUACAAAAUGUCCAGGGAAGCAAAUGCAAUGGCUCUUCACUAUCCCGAAGCGACCUGGAUCUCUACUGUUCUGCCCGAUGAGCAGUAUAAUUUCUGCCUGCAGUGGCGCUCUACUCAAGAUAGCCGUGUUGUUAGUCCUGCUCAUACCAUUCAGGCGCUACCACCAAGCUCUUUGAUGCCAUUUGGAAGAGGAAACACUGUCCUUAUUGCUCACAAAAGUGGUGAACUGCUUUCCCCAGCAGCGUCCAAACGUUAUGCCAUUGUCCAAGUCAAAUCUAUCCUCCAGCCUAUUACUGAAGCCCCCUAUCUGAACCAGCCCUUCCUCUAUGUCGAUUUCUUCAACUUUUCACAUUCAUUAAUCAACACCUUCGACAGUGUUCAUAUUGUCACUCCUGCACCUGUGACUGAUAUGUUCUUAGUUCACUGUCGUGUUUGA